AUGCGCCCCCGCGCCACCUCCCGCGUCCCCGCCGGCGCCGGCGCCGCGCUCCGGCUCUGCAGCCUCCUGCUGCUGCUGCUGCUGCCGCCGCUCCGGCCCGGGUACGCGUGCCCCGCGGGCUGCGCCUGCACGGACCCGCACACCGUGGACUGCCGCGACCGCGGGCUGCCCAGCGUGCCCGACCCCUUCCCCCUGGACGUGCGCAAGCUGCUGGUGGCCGGCAACCGCAUCCAGCGGAUCCCCGAGGACUUCUUCAUCUUCUACGGCGACCUGGUCUACCUGGACUUCAGGAACAACUCGCUGCGCUCGCUGGAGGACGGCACGUUCAGUGGCUCGGCCAAGCUCGCCUUCCUGGACCUCAGCUACAACAACCUGACCCAGCUGGGCGCCGGCGCCUUCCGCUCGGCCGGGAGGCUGGUGAAGCUGAGCUUGGGCAACAACCGGCUGGCGGGGGUGCACGAGGCCGCCUUCGAGACCCUGGAGUCCCUGCAGGUGCUGGAGCUCAACGACAACCGCUUGCGCAGCCUCAGCGUGGCCGCCCUGGACGCGCUGCCGGCCCUGCGCAGCCUGCGCCUGGACGGGAACCCCUGGCUGUGCGACUGUGACUUCGCGCACCUCUUCGCCUGGAUCCAGGAGAACGCCUCCAAACUGCCCAAAGGCCUCGACGCCAUCCAGUGCUCCCUGCCCGUGGAGAACCGCAGGGUCUCACUGCACGAGCUGUCGGAGGCCAGCUUCAGCGAGUGCAGGUUCAGCCUGUCGCUCACGGACCUCUUCAUCAUCAUCUUCUCGGGCGUGGCCGUCUCCAUCGCCGCCAUCGUCUCCAGCUUCUUCCUGGCCACCGUGGUGCAGUGCUUCCAGAGGUGUGCCCCCAACAAAGACACAGAGGACGAAGAUGAGGAUGAGGACGACUGAGCCGCCCCCCGCACCGCCCCCACCUGCCGGCACCUGCUGAA